AUGACUUGCAGCUUGGAAAUGGCCUACAUAUACUUAGUAGAUUAGAUUAAGCAUGGCGUCGACGGUAAAUUGUGGCUUCGUCCUUCUUCUUGUAACAUUUGUUGGAGUUAACAGUGAGUGUCCAGACGGGUUUAUAAAACAUGGUGCGUCCUGCUACACAAUACCGCAUGUAAAAUCAGACUGGAGCCAGGCAACGGUAGUCUGUAAGGAAAUGAAUUCCCACCUACUGGAGAUAGAGGAUGCGGCUGAGGAAAGCUUUAUACGUGGUUUCCUUUCCUUGCACUGGCGUACGUAUAGUCCCGCUUUAUUCUGGGUCGGGGGAAACGACAUUCUUGAGGAAGGAUAUUGGGAAUGGGCGUCAGGAAAGACGAUGACGUACACGAAUUGGGAUGAUGGUGAACCAAGCAAUGGAGGGAGCGAUGACAACAACGAGCAUUGCUUGGCAAUGGACCAAGAUGCCGCCUGGAAGUGGCACGAUCAAGAGUGCGAAGAGACCCGCUACGCGAUAUGUGAAAUUCCGAUAACGGCUGUAAUAGGAGGAGGUGGAAAUCCCGGACCAAUCGGCUAGUCGUCCUAGCAUCACGUGAUUUUUUCGUUUGAGUUUAUUGUGAUACACCGAGAAUACAUUUUGUUCGACAUCAAA